AUGGAGACCAAAAGGGACAUCAACGGCAUUUUUCCAAGCCUAAACGACAGUGUAGAGGCAGAAUGCACCAUCCGGGCGCAAGAUAUUCUCCCUCUUCCAGUUAUGGACAUUGAGAAGUUCUGUCACGACACUGGAAUUGCAACCUCAUUGUUUAUAAGGACUGUGUGGUUAGUUGUCAUGUGGCCAUUUCUGGAGAUUGACCGUAUAUGCGUUGGUUAUCGGGACUAUCGCGAUAGCUCUCCACACCUGGCAUCAGGCCCCGAGAAAGUCAUCCAAUCAGACAUACUACCCGAUGCCUCAUUGAUAGAGCUGCUCAAGUCGGAUCUCGGUACAGAGCCGGAGGAUCUCUGUGCCGAGUGCCCUCCAGCUCAUAAUACCGCCAUUGCCCUGAUUCGAGAAAUUUCAGAAUCUGAUCAAUCGAAAUUCCUGAUGGAGGCCGAAAAGUGGAACUAUAGCAUUGCGUUGGUGGGUGAGGUAAACGAACUGUCAGCCUUGGUGAGACUAUCGUUAGUCCACAAGAGUUCAGCCCUCUCACCAUGCCUUGCUGAGAACAUUUCGUCCACCGUCUUGAAGGUUGUCCAGGAGAUCUUGGCCGACAGUAAUAGACGCAUCAUGGACCUGGCGCUAUUCAGCGAAUUAAACUGCGCCCAUGUUCUACGAUGGAACCUCAAGAAUAGUCGGGGUCCAGCAACAUCUCUGAUUGAGAUGAUCCAUCGGCAUGCAUGCGAGCGGCCUCAUCACCCAGCUAUUUGUGCUUGGGAUGGGGUCCUUUCCUACUCUGAGUUUGACUCCUUGACAACACGAUGGGCCACCCGUCUUCAAUCUUUGGGAAUUGGGCCGCAGAGCAUGGUCCCUGUCAUGAUGACCAACCCUCGGUGGAUGACUGUGGCAGAAAUUGCCAUCAUGAAAGCCGGUGGCGCUUUUGUGCCCCUUGAGCCAACCCAACCGACAAGUCGACUGCAGGACAUGGUUAGACAGCUAAACAGUACGGUUGCGCUUGCGUCUUCGGACGUGGUACCAAUUCUAUCAAGUCUCGUUGACAAUGUUGUUAUUGUAUCUGCGAAAACAACAUCAAGCCUGUCAAACGCCCCUUCGAAUCCUCAGUGGCCAAAGAUCACCCCCGAUACCACGGCGUAUGUGCUAUUUACAUCUGGAAGUACCGGAAAGCCUAAGGGUUGCGUUGUUUGCCAUGGGGCGUUGGAAAAUGUGGAAUACCAGUCACAGGCGCUCAGAAUUACAGCCGAGAGCCGGGUGUUGCAAUUUGCCUCGCACGGCUUUGCGGCGUCCCUGAUGGAGGUGCACUGUUCACUAGCAGUAGGCGCUACAGUCUGCAUCCCGUCGAAGGAAGAUUGCAUGAAUGGACUCAAUAGCGCGAUAGACUCAAUGCAGGUCAACUGGGCGGUACUCACCCCCUCAGCAGCACUAUCACUAGCAACCCCUCUAGGGUCCUUGAAGACACUAGCCUUCGCUGGUGAGCCCAUGCGCAGCGACCUCUUCCAUAAGUUGGCGGACGAGGUAGAUAUGCUCCUAGUAUACGCAUCCACUGAAUGGGCAGGUGUCUGUGUCUCUCAGCCCAUUCGUUCUGCGACAGAUAUCAGAUGCAUUGGUCCCUCGCCGACAGGGAAUCUUUGGUUGGUGGAUCCUACGGAUCAUAGUCGCCUGGCACCAGUCGGGGCUGUUGGUGAAGUGUUGAUUGAGAGUCCCGGACUUGCAAAGGGAUAUCUCAACAAUGAAUCUCAAACGGCAUCUACAUUCAUUGAUCCUCCAAGGUGGCUCCAUGCGAUGGCCUCGGGAACCUAUACUAAAGCUAGACUUUACAAAACGGGCGACUUGGCGCAGGACUAUGCCGACGGCAAACUCCGGUACAUCGGCCGCAAAAGUACGCAGGUGAAGAUCCGCGGAAAACGACUCGAACUGGGCGAGGUAGAGUACCAGAUUCGUCAGACCAGCCCAUCGGUGGAAAAGGUCAUAGUGGAAGCUGCUGCCCCAAAGGGCGGCGAGACACCGAUCGUCGUUGCUUUCUUGUACUCUCAAGACCAGCCGGCUUUGUUGCUACAUUUCCAAGCAUAUGUGGACACAAUCAAGGAGACGCUGGAGAAAACUCUGCCCGACCACAUGUGGCCAAGCAUAUACCUCCCACUCGAAUCUGUUCCGUUGACCAGAACGGGAAAAACCGACCGAAAGGCACUGCGUCAGAUUAUUUCCACCUCUACUCGUCAGGAACUGCAGGAUGACCAGACACCGACAUCUCCUGCCGUGGCACCAGUGACUGAGUUCGAGAUCAAAUUGCAUCAGCUUUUUGCGGAAAUAUUGAAUAUCGAGUCAUCUUCCUUUGGCAUCAAUCAUAGCUUUAUACGACUUGGCGGGGAUUCUAUCAGCGCCAUGCGUUUGGCUAAUCGUUGUAGUCAGAUGGGUUACAGCUUGACAAUGCAAGAUAUCGUUCAAGAGCAGACGGUGGCCAAUCUUGCCUUGCAGCUAGAUUGGUGCAAUAAGACUAACGCAUCAUCUACCACACCAGUCAGUAAACAGCGGGUCACCGAACAGUCUUUCGAGCCAUUGAGCGAAUCUGUCCUCCUUGAGGAAUUUAUCAUUAUAGUUGGAGUCAGCGUCAGUGCUACGGAUCGUCUAACUGAUUAUGACGUUGAUUCUACAAUGGCUACCAAGUUUGCUGACCGGAUCAAUCGACGUCUCGGCAUUAAUAUCACAGUCGAAGAGGUUUUCCAGUUUCCAACAAUAGCUGCUCUCGCGAAAGGGCUCGAAUCGCAAUUCAAGGGGUUUUCGCUAAUACCGAAGACUCCAUAUACUGGCCCGGUGAUACAGUCAUUUGCACAGGGUCGCCUAUGGUUUCUGGACCAAUUGCAUCCCGGCUCAACAUGGUAUGCCCUGCCUUUCGCUAUACGACUUCGCGGCCAGCUCGACCUUGCCGCGCUGGAGGUAGCCUUGAAUGCAGUAGUAGAGCGCCAUGAGACUUUGCGCACCACGUUCGAAGACCAGCAUGGGCUUGGGGUGCAAGUGGUUCAUUCCUUUGAGCCAAAACAGCUCAAGAUUGUCGACAUGACUAUCAGCAACAACCAGGACAUCUGCGAGGCUCUGCAGAGGGAACAACGAACCGCCUUCAACUUGAAGGCUGAGCCGGGAUGGAGACCUUUAGUUUAUCGCCUGGGAGCUGAUGAUCAUGUGCUGUCAAUUUUCAUGCAUCACAUUAUCUCCGACGGGUGGUCGCUGGAUAUUCUUCAGAAGGAGUUGAAUGUCUUCUAUUCUGCAGCAAUACGGGGACUUUCACCUCUUUCCCAAAUCGACCCGCUUUCAACAAAUUAUCGUGACUUUUCAGUUUGGCAACGGCAGCAGGAAGAUGAGAAUCAAUCGCAAGUCAGUUACUGGAUUAGGGAAAUCGAAGGAAGCAAGCCCGCUGAACUGCUCUGUGACAAGCCACGUCCCCCAAUCCUCUCCGGUGACGCUGGACUUCAAGCGGUUGAUAUACGUGGAGCACUUUACAGGAAACUAAAGCUCUUCUGCAAAGCUCACCAGGUCACCGCUUACACCGUGCUGCUUGCGGCUUUCAGGGCGGCGCAAUAUCGUCUUACCGGUGCUGAGGACGUGAUUAUCGGGGCGCCAUUCGCCAGCCGGCAUCACCAAGAACUGGAGCCACUCAUUGGAUUCUUUGUCAAUCUGCAAUGUAUCCGCACGAAGGUUGAGCAUGCGUGUACGACAUUCUAUCAACUGGUUCAGCAGAUUCAGGGAAAGUUGAGCAUGGCAUUCGAUAACCAAGAUCUUCCGUUCGAGAAACUUGUGUCGAAGCUAACAGAAGAGCGUGAUAUUUCCCGAAACCCACUUGUUCAGAUCGUCUUCGCUGUCCACUCCCAAUCCGACUCAGGCAAGUUAGCGUUUGAAGGUGUGGAGGCUCAACGGCUCACUCUGUCAUCGGCCUCCAGGUUUGACAUGGAAUUCCACUUCUACCAGGCAGAAGACAGUUUUCGAGGGGAGAUCCUCUUUUCCCUUGACCUUUUCCACCAUGAGACCAUAAGCAUGCUUCAUUUGGUUUUCAUUGACAUCCUUGAACACGGCCUAGCUCAACCUACUACGCCUAUUGAUUUGAUGCCGUUUACGAACGCCAAAUCCUCUCUGGAGAAGUAUGGCCUCCUCGAAAUGCAGAAAACAGAUUAUCCACGGGAAUCCAGUAUCGUCGAUGUGUUUCAACGGCAAGUCAGAUGCUGCCCCGACAAAGUCGCUGUCAAAGACUCCUCCACGCAGCUCACAUACCAUGAGCUAGACUUGGAAUCAGAUCGAGUCGCAAUUUUUCUGACCAACCAGUCGCUAGCACCAGAAACGGUGAUUGGGGUCUAUGCAGACAGGGGAUGCGAGACAGUAACCGCAUUUUUGGGCAUCUUGAAGGCGAAUCUCGCUUACUUACCCCUCGAUGUGAAAUCCCCGGUCAGCCGCCUGGACAUCAUUUUGUCAUCCACUCAAGCUUGCGAACUUAUCCUUCUAGGGGGCCACAUUGAGCCCCCUAGUAUCAGUCUGAGCCACCUUCACUUUUUCUCCAUCUCCGAUAUCCUGGCUGCAACGGUCCAAGGUGAGACACCUAGUCCGCAUGCGGCGAGGACUAGCAUGCCCCGUGCCGACAGUGUCGCAUACGUUGUGUAUACAUCUGGCUCCACGGGAAUACCCAAGGGAGUUAUAAUGCAACACAAGGCAAUAGUCAGGUUGACACAGUGUACUAGUGUCAUCAGUCCUGACUCUGCUGCUGGAAACAUAGCACAUAUGAGCAAUCUUGCUUUCGACAUGUCGGUGUGGGAGAUAUACACAGCACUCCUCAACGGAGGAACAUUGGUCUGCAUCGACCAUAUCACUGUACUCGACUACAGAUCACUCGCUCAGACCUUCGUUCGGGAGAGCAUUCAAGUUGCCAUGAUAACGCCAGCUAUGCUUAAACAGUGCUUGAUUGAAUCCCCGUCCAUUAUCAGUCAGUUGGACAUCCUGUUUGCCGCAGGAGACCGUCUGGAUCCAUUGGAUGCUACGAAAGCCCGCGCGUUGGUGCGAGGGGAGCUGAUAAAUGCUUAUGGGCCGACUGAAAACGGGGUACUGAGCACCAUCUAUAGCGUUACGGAGAAAGAGGCCUACCCCCAUCGUGUUCCUAUAGGUACACCUGUGAGCAAUUCUGGUGCCUACGUAAUGGAUCCGAGAAAUAAGCUGGUUCCUGUGGGAAUAAUGGGCGAGCUCAUCGUUACUGGCGACGGGUUGGCUAAAGGGUAUAUUGACUCAAGGCUCGAUGCUGACCGUUUUGUGAUGUUGGAUCUCCCCGGGCAACCAUCAAUGCGGGCCUACCGGACCGGGGAUCUUGCUCGAUAUCGGCCCACUGAUGGCCAGCUUGAAUACCUUGGUCGCAGGGAUCACCAGGUGAAAAUACGUGGCCAUCGCGUGGAGGUGGAUGAGAUCGAUCAGUCUAUGCUCGCUUACGGCUUUAUCAAGCAUGCUGUUACAAUUAUCCGACAUGAAAAAGCUGGGGAUGCAGAGUUGGUCAGCUUCAUCACAGUUCGUGAAGGCGAGGGCUUGUCCCUAGGCGGGGAAGUAGAGACCGAUGACGGCGCCCAGCAGAUAGAAGCAUGGAAAAAUCUCUUCGAUACCAACAUAUAUGGUAUUUCGCGCCUUCGAUCCAUUAAGGUUGGAAGGGACUUUGUAGGGUGGAAGUCGAUGUAUACCGGUGACUUGAUUGACAAUGCAGAAAUGAAUGAAUGGCUAGAUGACACCAUUGGCGCCCUCCUUGAUGGGGGCUCAGCUGGCCAUGUCUUUGAGGUUGGGACAGGCACCGGCAUGAUUCUCUUCAAUAUCAUCGCGGGGCUAGAGAGCUACACUGCGCUUGAGCCAUCAGGCAGGGCAGUCGAUUUUGUCCGGGCAGCAGUCACAGAUGUUCCUGGUUUACAGGCCAAGGUCCGGUUGCAAAAAGGGACAGCCGACAAUAUCUCCCAGCUUGAAAGAUCUGACUCCGUCGAUGUGGCCAUCAUCAACUCUGUGGCGCAGUACUUUCCGUCCACUGAUUAUCUGCUCAAAGUUGUCGAGGACCUUGUGUGCCUGCAAGGCGCCAAACGCAUCUUCUUUGGUGACAUACGAUCAUAUGCGCUGUACGAAGAAUUUCAAGUGAGCAAGGCCUUGGCCAGUAGUACGCAGAAGUUACCCACCAUGGAUGAUGUUCGAGCACAGAUGGCCGAAACAGUUCACAUGGAAGAGGAGCUGUUGGUAGACCCGGCCUUUUUCACAUCCUUACCAGACCGAUUCCGGCAGCUUAUUGAGCAUGUGGAAAUUCUUCCCAAGCGUAUGGUAGCCACCAACGAGCUCAGUUGUUACCGGUAUGCCGCGGUCUUGCACGCGAAGCACCGACAAGCUCAGCGACGGCACAUUCACGAUGUUGAAGAGGAUCAAUGGGUUGACUUUACGGCGAGGAAGAUGAACUACGAGUCUCUUUUGGCAUAUCUGCAGCAGCAGCCCAAUGACACAUCCGUGGUGGCGAUAAGCAAUAUCCCUUACAGGAAGACUAUCCUGGAGCGACUUAUCGUAGACCUGCUCAAGGGUCGCCUGGUUGAAAGGGUUGGAGGGCCUGGAUGGGUUCAGUCACUCGAUGAAAUCGCCAGACAUAUUCCGUCCCUCACACCACUCGAUCUAACCAGAUUAGCCAAGCAGUCUGGUUUCCAAGCCGAAAUCAGCUGGGCCCGACAACACACCCAACGCGGCGGGCUGGAUGCCAUAUUCCACCGCAUUCAGCCUGACCACAAGGGCGCAAGGGUGCUAUUCCGGUUCCCAACUGACCACUGUGAACGGCCCCUCCGCCAAUUGACUAACAACCCACGACAGUUGGCAUUAAAUCGAGAUAUAGGGAACUGGGUGCGAAAGGCCUUGCAAACGACAUUGCCUCCGUACAUGGUGCCCAGAAUCAUCCGAGUUUUGGAGCAAAUACCUGUCAACAGCAAUGGGAAAGUUGACCGCAAGGCUUUGGCAAGCAUGGCUGCUGUCUAUACAUCCCAAAACACCAUCACAGCUAGAGUAAACCCGCAUGAUGAUGUCGAACGUGCAUUGCUUGCCGAAUUUACGAAGGUGCUAGGCAGAGAAAUCGGCAUAUCUGCGAGCUUUUUUGACCACGGAGGACACUCCCUGACUGCGGUAAAGUUGGUUGUUGGAAUCAACCAAAGCCUCCAUACUGAUGUGAAAGUCGGUGAUAUUUUCGAGUGUCCAACUGCUGCCGGUCUGGCGGAAAGGAUCCGAUCUUGGCGCAGUUCGACACACGAUGUCCCUGCCUCUCAGAAUUCAACCUCGAGCUCCGCGCCAUUCUCGCUUGUCGGAGGUAGUCUCCCAUCUGCCGUUACGAGCGAGCUUGUCAGAAUCGGACUGAAUCCCACCGAAGUAGCUGAUGUAGUUCCUGUCACGGACACACAAGCUUGGUUCCUUAACCGUUGGACCCCAGUCUCCAUGCGCCUUAAUAUCCAUGGCAAGGUCGAUCUGAAUGAGCUUAGAAGGGCUUGUAUUGCAGUGAUACAAAAGCACAGUAUAUUACGCACUGUCUUUAUGAAACUCGAACGGAGAUUCGUUCAGGUUGUAUUGCGAGCUGUCAACGUUCCAUUUACCUACAAGUCGGUCGGGGGUGCAAUUCACGAUGAAGCUGAUUCCGGUGCUUCCGAUGUCCCCACAAAGUUAUUUACAAAGUUUGAACUCGUUUCUCAGUCUCCGAUAGACCACACAUUCGUUGUCCGGUUGUCUCAUGCACAGUACGACGGAUUUUCGCUGCCGCUCCUCUUCGCUGAUUUGGAGUCAGCUUACAAUGGCUGUCAACUCUCACCACCAAUAGCAGUACCCUUCGCGGAGUAUGUAUAUAGAUCUGCCAAAUACCGCUCACCAGAGGCAUUCAGCUUCUGGAAAGACUAUCUGCGAGGAUCUCGUCUGACCACCUUAUCGGACCCCACCCUUCCAGGAGAGGCCAAAGCUACAGAUGUGAAAGCAAUCGUAGCUGGUGAACUCCCCUCACCACCGCCAGGAAUCACGCUCGCAAUUCUUGUCAAUGCAGCGUUCGCUUUCACAUUGGCCGAGACGGCCAAAGCCCACGACGUAACAUAUGGACUGUCUCUGAACGCCCGUGGACCCAUCCCAGGAGUGGAGACUCUCCUUGGGCCCUGCUUCAACCGCAGUCCCAUCAGAGUGCAAUUGCAGCAGAAUUGGACGGUCCUUGACCUUUGUCGGAGCUUACAGGAGAGCUGCACCUCGGCCUCCCGUCUCGGAUACGUCGAACUGCCCGACAUCAUUGCUAAUUGCACUAACUGGUCGGCAGGCAGUGACUACGGCUGCUACUUGAAUCAUUUCCCUACGCAAAGUAUUCCAUCGUUCUCAUUCAAAGACGCCGAAGUUGUGCAAUAUUCAAUGGACGGCCGGGGCGAUUUGCCGCAUCAGCUGCGAGUUCGUUCAUUUGUUGAUGAGCGAACGUGGGAAAUACAGGUGCUUACUUCGAGCAGUGUGAUGAGCAAUGAGCAGGCUUCUGUGUUGGCUUCCAGGCUUUUGAAAACUGGGCAAAGAUUCUCGCAGUCUCCAGAAGUCGCCUUGUUUUCACCCCUUUUGCGCGACGGUUGUGUUGAUGGAGCAGUGGAUGGUGUGGCGUUUUGA